AUGAACACAAUGUCAUCCACUUUGAUGUUUUCUCCCAAUCCGACGAAUCUUCUUCUCCAAAACCCAACUUCCAAAUUCUUCGCAGUCCCUUUUCCAAGAUCCUCUUUUGAUUCCCUUAAACCCCUCCAGACCCCUCAUCUGAAAUUCAACCUCUGUUCAUCAUCGACAAGACUAAAUGUGGUUGCUGAAGGAGAGACUGCUUCCUCGGUGGCCACAGCUGACCCUUCAUCCGAAGCUGCAAGAAGACUCUAUGUUGGCAACAUUCCUCGCACUGUUACCAAUGAUGAGCUGAAGAAGAUUGUGGAAGAGCAUGGUGCCGUUGAGAAGGCUGAGGUGAUGUAUGAUAAGUGGACUCAAAGGAGCCGUCGAUUUGCAUUUGUGACAAUGAAGACUGUAGAGGAUGCAGAAGCUGCUGUUGAGAAGCUAAAUGGCACACAAAUUGGUGGACGAGAAAUCAAAGUAAACAUUACUGAGAAGCCAUUGCAAUCUGUGGAUUUUUCUGCUCUUCAAGCUGAAGAACAAUUUAUCGACAGUCCCCACAAAGUCUAUGUUGGUAAUCUUGCAAAGACUGUGACAACAGAAACACUUAAGAAUUUCUUUGCUGAGAAGGGAAAGGUACUGAGUGCCAAGGUCUCCAGAGUUCCUGGGACCUCAAAAUCUAGUGGCUAUGGAUUCGUUUCGUUUUCUUCAGAGGAAGAUGUAGAAGCUGCUAUAUCAUCUUUGAACAAUGAGGUUCUGGAUGGGCAGAAGAUUCGUGUAAAUAAAGCUUAG